AGUCAGUCCCAGGCAGUCUGGAGUGCCGCUGAGCCGGGCAGAGCGCGCAGACACAGAGCAGGGCUAGUGGAGGAGGCAGGCUGCCUCAUACCGCCUGGAUUUACCGGGAAUUAAAAAAAAAAUAUAUAUAUAUAUAUAUAUAUAUAUAUAUCUGUGCUCCAGCGCCUCGUGAAGGUCUCUGAUCGUUCUGGAAGGAGGAAUUAUAAAGACAUCAAAAUGCGUCUUUGUAGGAUUUGGAUGCUGCCGGCGAUUCUGCAGGGUGUUGUGCUCGUCGGAUCAGCCCAGGGGUCACUGGCAUGCACGACGGGCUUCACACAGGAGGAGUACUUCGUCAAAACGGAUGAAGAGCUGCUGAAGGAACAAGCCAUCUGCAACGUGAGCUUCGUGGACUGCACUGGAGGCAAAGUGGGGUACAAUGUUGGAAAUGUGCUCGAUUUUGGGCUGACAGAGGAUGGUGUGCUGUACGCCCUGCGGCACCUCAGUCUGGUGGGAAAGAAGGAAGUCAUGCUUCUGGUCUAUGCUCAAGACAUGCAGACCAAACAAGUAUGGAAGACCAGAGUGCACCUCAUUAUCCAUCCUACUGGCAACAAAACAGAGCUUAAACAGGUGAAGCUCAGUGAUGCUACACUGACUCAGCCGCUGACGGAGAUCUUGUUCCCAUGGCACAGCGUGGUUGUCAGUAGUGAGGGUGCUCUGAGGCGGGUGAAGAGGGACUGGGUCAUUCCACCUAUCAACGUCCCAGAGAACUCACGAGGACAGUUCCCCGAAGAGCUAGUCCGCAUCCGUUCAGACCGAGAUAAGAACCGGAUGCUGCGCUACAGUGUGACAGGCCCUGGGGCUGACCAGCCUCCAACUGGCAUCUUCAUCAUCAAUCCCAUCUCAGGCCAACUGUCAGUCACCAAACCUUUGGACAGAGAACACAUCUCCAACUUCCACUUGCGAGCGCACGCUGUGGAUCUAAAUGGCAAUCAGGUGGAAAACCCCAUUGACAUUGUCAUAAAUGUCAUCGACAUGAAUGACAACAGACCAGAGUUCACUCAUACCACAUUCAAUGGCUCUGUACCGGAGGGAUCCAAACCUGGAUCCUUUGUGAUGACAGUAACAGCAGUGGAUAAAGAUGACCCUAAGACAGCCAAUGGCAUGCUGCGAUACAAGAUCUUAUCCCAGAAUCCUCAGAGCCCCUCCUCCAACAUGUUUACUAUCAACAAUAAGACUGGUGACAUCAUCACUGUGGCAGCAGGCCUCGAUCGAGAGAAAGUUACCCAGUACACUCUGAUCAUCCAGGCUACAGAUAUGGAGGGAAAUCCCACUUACGGCCUGUCUAACACUGCCACCGCUGCCAUCAGGAUCACCGAUGUCAACGACAAUCCUCCUGAAUUCACCACAGAAACAUUCUUCGGAGAGGUUCACGAGAACAGGGUGAAUGUGAUUGUUUCUAACCUGACUGUGACAGAUAAAGAUCAGCCUCACACUUCCGCCUGGAGCACGGUUUACCGGAUCAUUGCUGGUGACCCCACUGGACGUUUCUCCAUCCCAACUGACCCCACGACCAAUGAGGGCCUGCUCACAGUGGUUAAGCCCAUAGAUUUUGAGCUAACCCGCUCCUUCAUGCUAACCGUUGAGGCAGAGAAUGAGGUCCCACUGGCCCGUGGCAUUCACCUGCCUCGCCAGUCCACAGCAACCGUGUCUGUACGAAUCUUGGACAUCAACGAGAGCCCAGAGUUUAGCCCCAACCCCAAGUCCAUCAAACUGGAAGAGGGAUUGCCUGCUGGGUCCCUACUCACCACCUUUACUGCACAGGAUCCUGACCGCUUCAUGAGACAAACCGUGCGGUACUCCAAGAUGUACGAUCCUGCCAACUGGCUAGAGAUUGACCCUGUUAACGGUCGGAUUUCGACCAUCGCCAUCCUUGACAGAGAGUCUCUGUAUGUGAAGAAUAACCUCUACAAUGUUACCUUCAUGGCAUCUGAUAAUGGUAUUCCACCUGCCAGUGGUACGGGCACCCUUCAGAUGUACCUGCUGGACAUAAAUGACAAUGCACCACACGUUUUCCCCCCUGAGGUUGAAAUGUGUGAAAAGCCUGAUCCUAACGCCAUCAACAUUACGGCCAGUGACCCCGACUUGACCCCGAAUGCCGGACCCUUUGCUUUUGAGCUGGCCACUCGUCCAUCAGACAUACGUCGCAACUGGACACUUAAUCGUGUCAGCGGUGACUAUGCGCAGCUCCAUCUCCGGAUCAGCUCCCUGGCCAGUGGGAUCUAUGAGGUUCCCAUCAUGAUUACAGACUCUGGCAACUUGCCCAUGUCCAACACAUCCUACCUGAGGGUGAAGGUUUGCCAGUGUGAUCACCAUGGAGACUGUGUGGACAUGGAGCGAAUCAUUGCUGCUGGACUUGGCACUGGAGCCAUCAUUGCCAUCCUCAUCUGUAUCAUCAUACUGCUAGUACUCGUGUUACUGUUUGUGAUGUGGAUGAAGAGGAGAGAUAAAGAGCGCCAGGCCAAACAGCUCCUCAUCGACCCAGAAGACGAUGUCCGAGACAACAUCCUCAAAUACGAUGAAGAGGGAGGUGGAGAGGAGGACCAGGACUACGACCUGAGUCAGCUGCAGCAGCCUGAUGCCCUGGAGCCCGAAUGUGUUAAGGUGGGAAUUAGACGGCUGGAUGAGAGGCCCCUCCAUCAUGACCACCAAUACCCUCUGCGGAGCAUGGCGCCCCACCCUGGAGACAUAGGAGACUUCAUCCAUGAGGGCUUAAAGGCAGCAGACAACGACCCCACCGCUCCCCCAUACGACUCCCUGCUGGUAUUCGACUACGAGGGCAGCGGCUCCACCGCUGGUUCGCUCAGCUCCUUACACUCCUCUUCCAGCUGUGGAGACCAGGACUACGACUACCUUGGCGACUGGGGGCCACGCUUCCGCAAGCUGGCUGACCUGUACGGUGGAGGGGAAGAUUAGUGCCCUCGAACCUUCCUGUAACAACAACCUCCACCCCUUCAAUGCUACAGGGCUCAGCGGGGUGGAGAUACACAAAGAGGAAAUGGGGUAAACACACAGGAUGUAUGGGGAUGCACAAGUGGCACAUCUGGAUUACUGUGUAAUGGCUUGUCAAGAGACUUGCUUCCUCUUGAGGAGAUUUGCAAACAGUAGAGACCAAGCUGACUCCUGGCUCAGCACCAAUUAGCACUGAGGCUAAUGAACAUUGUCACCAGAGCUUUAGCCACCAUGCUAACUAUUUUGAGCAGCCACAGCAGUGAUCUCAGUGGGGGGUGUUGUCCGUGUGAUGAAGAAGAGCGACGACAGCCAUGCUACAGAUGCUCAUUUACACUUGAAUCUCACAGUACAAGAGCACUGGGGUCAAACGUGCCUUUUUGUACAUUCUUUUGAUUGUGUUCAGUCUUGAUUGUGUGCGUUGCUUUAAAGUGCUCGCAGUGUUUUGCAGUUGCAACAUGGAAGAGCACUUCGCCAUGAUAAUGAGUGUGCGUUUGGAUUCUUCUUACCUGGAUGUAUGUUUGUGAGUGUGAGUCAUUUCCACAGAGAAACACUGUAUGGGUAUUGUGAAAGACAAUGCUGACUAUGAUGAGCCUUGGAUGAUACUACUAGCAAAA